CCUCCACGCUUUGCCUGGGCCCAUAUCCCAUUCAUUAGACACAAUUGAGACUGGUUUGAACAGCUGAAUCCGAUUCCAGCAUUCCGACAGCGUAUGUUGUCGCCCUUGCCGCCGUCCAGACGGAGGAGACAUGCGUCUUCACCCCAGCCCUUUCACGUUCGCCCACAGUGACUAACGAUGGUGAUAAUAGCACCCGCGGUCCCAAUCUUGAUCAAAGCCGCCAGCUCUUCCUCGCUUCCCGCUCCCUGCCAAACUCUUCCUCCUCCACCUCUUCCUCCUCCGCCGCGGCUCCACGCUCGCUUCAGAAACUGCUCCCCGCUGUUUAUAGUACGGAAGAAGGAGGGCAGCAGCGGCGCCCAGGUUCACGCCGUCUUGCGGCAGGCCAUAGCUACAGAUCGCACAUGACGGCCUGUUGUAUCCCUGCCCAUGUUAAAAAGAAGAAAGUCACGUCCCCGACAGCCACCGAUACAACGCCAUCCUUCGAAUCCCUUCGCGACCCCCCAUCCACACAACUCUUGCCCGGGGGAUCGCCUGAACCUCAC